AUGAUGAAUUCUCGUAUAUCCAGUCCAACGUCAUCGACAUUUCCUUCUCCACCUCCAGUUCUAGCUCCGAUAGCUGAACAAGAAUCUAGUGGAAUAACUACUGCUCAAGCAACACCCAAUAUCUCAGAAGAGAUGAGUUUCACUCAAGCACAAAGAAUAGUUCCACCUGAUGACAGUUUGACGGAAGUUCGAGCUAUUCCAGCUCAAGUCAUUGAAGAGUUAGAAAACCAAGAAACGGAGAGAGUUGAAGAAGCCACGACUACUCCUGCACAGCCCAGCAGGAAUAUAAUAUUUCCAAUAAUGCCUUUCUACAGUCGAAAAGAUGGCUGUUCCAAAUGUAACAUAUGGCUAGGAUUACUUUUUGUUUUGUUUUUUCUGUUAUCGAUAGCUCUAUUCCUUGUAUGGGCAAUCACCUCAGACGGCUUUAAGAAUUUGGGAAGUCAGUCGUCCAAAGUCUGCAAUAGCAAAGAAUGUAUCAACACAGCUUUCCGAUUCUCUUCGUAUUCUGAUGACAACGUUGAUCCAUGUGAGAACUUCUACAGAUUUUCCUGUACCAAGUUCCAUUUACUGAACAGUGAUCAGCAGAAAAAUUUUUUGGACAGGCAAUUGGAAUCAACAAAACGGAUUGUUUAUAAUUUACUAUCAACUGAUCCAGGCUCAGGUCCAAAGAGUUCACGAAUGGCUAAAACUUUAUUUGAAACUUGCAUGGAUGGAGCAGAAAGAGCUCGAACAGGAAAAACGGCUAUGAUCAACUUCUUAAAGAACUUUCCAUGUGGGCCGAUUAUGGAACAGUGCCAAGAUUUCAAUCCAAUUGUUUACAAUUGGGAGAGACAUGUUGGUAUGCUCAAUUGGUAUGCAGGUGAUGGAAAUUUGAUUGUAUAUGGUAGAGAUGUUGAUCCAAGGGAUAAAAAUCGUCUAAUCUUACAGUUCCGUCCACCUAAUUUGGAAGAAUGGCUCAAUCCCCUCCGACAGAAUUUAGUUCAAACUGUUAACCCUUCACUGGUAGAGACAGAUGCUCUGUUGCAAGCUUCCAUUAAACUGAAUCUUCUGAGUGAUUUUGUUUCGCACCAGCUAUCUCGAGAUCCUCAUCAUGUUGAUAGGAUGAUGGAUGACUUAGCAUUCUUCUUCAUGGAACUGAAUGAGAGAUCUUCCAUUUAUUCGAAUGUGAAUCGUAACACAACCUAUAUGACCAUAGGAGAAUUAAUUCGAACAGUGCCUGAAAUUAAUUUCCGUGAGAUGAUGAAUGCCGAUUUAUCGAAUAUUUACAAAUGGACAGAUAACGAUAUGGUGGCAGUGGAAAACUUGGAUUACUUCAAGUACUUGGGAGGCUUGACCUCAAGAACAAACAAGGAGACAUUAGCUAAUUACCUAUUAAUCAUCACAGGUCUCAAUCUGAGCAAAUAUAGCUUCGAUAACCGAACACAGUUCAGCUGGAGGGAAUGUGUAGAUCAGCUGCUUGGCUUACACCCCGUAGAGAAGAUGUUCAUUCUCCACAGGAAAGGACUGAAAGCGGACAAAAUAAAGCACUUCUUGGAGUCUUUGAAAGAUGAUUUCUUGAAUACUCAUCGUCAGUAUCCUCUCCAGAACUCAGUUGAAAUUAAUCGAAUGGCUUUCCUCGUCGCUUUUCCACAACGUCUCACGAACGAGUACCAAGUUUGGCAGCCAUUUUCUGACAUUUCCAUAAAUCAAAGUGAUUAUUUCCAAUCGGCAACAAAAGUCCUUAAAUCUCAAUGGAAUAGCGAAAUGAAAAACAUCGGCGUUUAUUUGGAUAAUGACGAUGCCCCUAUAUUCCCUGUGCUGAAGCCGACGUUGAUAUAUCUCCCUCACCUCUCAACAAUUGUCCUUCCACUGUCGUUUUUGCAAGAACCUCUUUCUCUGCCAGGAGAAAAUGUGCCAUGGUAUACUAUUUACGGCAGUUUCGGAGUAACUGUACAACAACUCAUUGCGAAAAUUUUCUGGGCAAAUCGUAAUCAAGCUAAUCAGAAGCAAUGUUUGGACUCUACUUAUCGCUCGUUCCUCAAUCAAAACUAUCGCAACAUGAAUCUAGAGAGCGAUUUAUCCUAUACGAUUGAAAUGGCUGAUGCCUUGAAAACAUCUAUAUAUGGUUAUUUGAAAUGGGAGAGAGACAGUACCAAUUAUAACGAACCAUCGCUGCCUGCUUUCGAAAAAUAUGAUAGCAUUCAGACAAUGUUAAUGAGCUUUGGAACGCUGUUUUGCAACACCGAAGGAACGCAACCAGGCUCUCAGUAUGAAGCAAUGAUGAAUACGGCAGCUUCCAACUCACAACGAUUUAGUAUGCAUUUCCAAUGUACAAACACAUCAUUAGCUUUCAAUCGGAGGAAUUGCGUAUAA